CUUCUGGCAGAUAAACACAAUUUGACCAUUAUGACAAGGCAGACUAGAGUUUCUUUACCCUUCGUUUUGCUUACUGCAUGCCACGUCAGAGUUGAGCAAUGACUGUCAUGAUUUUCAAAGUUGCCGGCUGGUUUUUAUUCUUAAUGAACAAGCUGAUCCUAAGUUCCAGCGACUGACACAAACCACCAUGCUUGGCUUUCGACUUCCUCCAAGGUAUUGGUUGUGCUUGCCGUUGCUAAAAAAUUCACAAUUUUGAAAGGUAUGGGGAGUUUUCUCUUCAAGACUGUAAGCUAUUAUUAUGCGUAUUUGCAAUUAACAGGGCUCUUGAGUAGUUACACUUGAUGCAAACUAAACAACCGUUGAUGAGCGUUACCCCUCCUUCCCAUUUGACCUGCUUACUUUCCUGUUUCUCUCUGCUGCCAAGAACAUAAAAAGCAAAGCAAAGCUAAGCAGAUCAAAAAAUGUCUGAUUAUUUGUCUGAAGAUUUGAUUCAAGAGAUCCUCUGCAAACUCCCCAUAAAAUCCCUGUUGCGAUGCACAAGUUUGUGCAAGUCGUGGAACUCCCUCAUAAAAAGCCCAACCUUCAUUUUUAAGCAUCUUCAACAUACAAUUUCAUCAACUGAUUGUCAAAAUCUUUUCCUACUUCGACUCUGUUCAAGGGGGAGAGAAGAGCAGUACUCUCUCCGUCUUGCUAACCAGGAUUUCAAUGAGCACAUGCGACUUCAUUUGCCAUUCAAGAGCUCCGAAUCAUAUUUUCAUGUCAUCGGUUCUUGCAAUGGCUUAAUUUGCCUUGCAAAUAUUUUCCAAAGUAUUAUGGUAUCCUUCAUUCUCUGGAAUCCAUUGAUACAAAAAUACGUGAUAGUCAAACCUAGAAUCCCGUUUCCUGUACACUCCUUUGUUGGAUUCGGCUAUGAUUCCCGCGCUAAUGACUACAAGUUGAUAAAUAUGGUCAGUUUUCGGAAGUCAAAGUUUCUCAGCGAAAAUUUCCCAGAAAUGGCGCUUUACUCACUUAAUGAAGGUUCAUGGAGGGGUAUUCCACGGACAGGACCAUUGAGAUAUAACACUUAUCAGCGUGUUUCAUCGGCAUUUCUGAAUGGAUCUGUUCAUUGGAUCGCUUAUCGGGCAGACCAACAUGAAGGGAUUUCCACUGUGGUUUUGGGGUUUGAUAUGAGUGAUGAGAUUUUUCUUGAGAUUGCAUUGCCUAGUUGUUUGGCUCAUGUGAGGCCCUCAUGUUUGCCCCUUAUGGUAUAUAAAGAAUCUUCCAUCUCUGUAUGCCCGGCUAGCCUUUUGUCUUCUGUUCAGUUCCACAUAUGGGUGAUGAAGGAGUAUGGUGUGGUGGAGUCAUGGACCAAACUGGUGUUGACUCUUGCUGGACAAGGGGAGGGUAUUCCCAGAGCACUGGGAAUUAGGAAGGAGGAACUUUUAAUGGAGAAGAGGAGUGGCUGGAUAGUUUCCGGUGACCUGGAGAGCCAGCAAGUUAGGGAUCUUCGAAUUUGGGGAGAACCUUCCCGUACCUUCAUUGGUUCCUAUUUGGAGAGCCUAGUUUUACUUGACAAAAGUAAUGCAACAAGCUAUGGAUAUAAUUCAAGUGGUUUGGAUGCAUAUUGAUGAUUGAACUGAUAAUGCGAAGCUAUACGUCAAUAGGAAGCAAGCCAAGCUGGAGGAACGAUACGGCUAGUGCUUUUACUUGAAUUUUCACCACAUACAUGCAUUAUAGACUGGUCUUGUGUAUUGGAAUUCAAUUGCUUGUUGUUGCUAUCUCUUACCUCAAAUAAGUUUCUUUUAUUAUAGAGAUUUUUUUUU